AUGGAGAUGGCAGGCGCCGCAGGAACGGAAGCAUGGUUGCCGUACGUCACCGCGGUGGCGUCCUGCGCCGUCGGCGUCUUCUUCCUGCUCUACUUCUACGCGCCACACUGGGCGGUCAGGGGCGUGCCGGGGCCGCCGGCGUUGCCCGUCGUGGGGCACCUCCCGCUGCUCGCCCGCCACGGGCCUGACGUCUUCGGCCUCCUCGCAAAGGAAUAUGGCCUGAUCUUCAGGUUCCAUUUGGGGAGGCAGCCUCUGGUGAUCGUCGCUGACCCGGAGCUCUGCAGGGAGGUUGGCGUCAGGCAGUUCAAGCUCAUCCCCAACAGGAGCUUGCCGGCGCCGAUCGCCGGCUCCCCUCUCCACCAGAAGGGACUCUUCUUCACCAGGGACGAACGGUGGUCGGCGAUGAGGAACACGAUCAUCUCGCUGUACCAGCCAUCGCACCUCGCCGGCCUCGUCCCCACCAUGCAGCAGUUCAUCGAGCGCGCCGCGGACGCAAUACUGGCGGUGGGGGUUCAGGAGAACGGCGACGUCGACUUCUCCGACCUCUCGCUCAAGCUGGCCACGGACAUCAUCGGGCAGGCGGCGUUCGGCGUGGAUUUCGGCCUCACGGCGAGCGGUCCCGGCGGCGAGGCCGCGGAGUUCAUCAGGGAGCACGUCCACUCCACGACCUCCCUGAAGAUGGACCUGUCCGCGCCGCUCUCCGUCGCGCUCGGCCUCAUGGCGCCCGCGCUGCAGGGCCCGGUACGGCGGCUGCUGAGCCGUGUCCCGGGGACGGCCGACUGGAGGGUCGCGCGGACCAACUCGCGGCUCCGCGCGCGGGUGGACGAGAUCGUGGCGGCGCGGGAGCGCGGGCGCGACGGCCACCACGGCGAAGGGAGGAAGGACUUCCUGUCAGCGGUGCUCGACUCCCGGGACCGCAGCGCGGCGCUGCGGGAGCUGCUCACGCCGGACCACGUCAGCGCGCUCACCUACGAGCACCUCCUCGCCGGGUCGGCCACCACGGCGUUCACGCUCUCAUCCGCAGUGUACCUCGUCGCCGGCCACCCGGAGGUCGAGGCCAGGCUGCUGGCGGAGGUCGACGGCUUCGGGCCGCGCGGCGCCGUGCCGACCGCCGACGACCUGCAGUACCGGUUCCCCUACCUUGAUCAGGUCAUAAAGGAGGCCAUGAGAUUCUACACAGUGUCGCCACUGAUCGCCAGGGUGACGUCUCGACAAACCGAGCUUGGAGGCCACACGCUCCCAAAGGGCACGUGGCUGUGGAUGGCGCCGGGCGUGCUGUCCCGCGACGCCGCCAACUUCCCGGACCCCGGCGCGUUCCGGCCGGAGCGGUUCGACCCGGCGAGCGAGGAGCAGCGCGGGCGGCACCCAUGCGCGCACAUCCCCUUCGGCAUCGGCCCGCGGGCGUGCGUGGGGCAGCGGUUCGCGCUGCAGGAGGUGAAGCUGUCCAUGGUGCACCUGUACCGGCGUUUCCUCUUCCGGCGGUCGCCACGGAUGGAGUCGCCGCCGGAGCUCCAGUUCGGGAUCGUGCUCAACUUCAAGAACGGCGUCAAACUCGUCGCAGUCGAGCGGUGCGCUGCCAUGCCGUAG